UUUAUCAGUGAGAAGAAUUGAUGUCCGCCUUUUUCCGCGUAACUUGAGAUGGCGUCACCUCUCCAAAGAGUCGCCAUGGGGCGCCAUUUACCGCCACUGGGGAUGCCACCGCCUGGCGCUCGUGCUUCGAGGAAGAAACACGGAGACAUGCAUCCCAUACAUUGGAAAUCCUAUUUUGAAUCCUCAGAAAUGAUCGAAACAAAAAGUGGCAAUUUUCGAGUUUACUUCGGCGGAUCAUCUGGUCCGUGGGUCGUAACACUACACGGUGGAGGCUUUUCGGCCCUUUCGUGGGCAUGUUUUUCUAAAAGUGUUCGGGACAUGGUGGAAUGCAGAGUCAUGUCCAUGGAUCUUCGUGGGCACGGUGAAACUACUGUUACGAACGAAGAAGAUAUGUCCAUGGAUUUUCUUGCUGGAGAUGUUGGGGAGGUUGUGAAUAACUUUCUCGCGAAACAUGGAGAUCCCAGCGAUCCCAUAAUACUUAUGGGACACAGUAUGGGCGGCGCGAUUGCGGUCCACGUGGCCCACGAAAAACUGAUACCGUCACUUGCUGGGUUGGCGUUGAUUGACAUCGUUGAGGGAUCUGCAUUGGAGGCUCUUUCUUCGAUGCAUAGCGUCUUGCAGUCUCGCCCCAAAACAUUUUCAUCGAUCGAACAUGCCAUCAAGUGGUGCAUUACAACCGGGCAAGUGCGCAAUUGGGAAUCCGCCUGUGUCAGCAUGCCCGGACAAAUCAUUAACCUUGAAACUGGGAAACUCUGUGCUGCCGAAAUAACGGGAUCAGAAGUGUUGGCGAGUCCUGACUCUAAUGAAACCAUGGAGCAUUUUAAUUUGGCGAGCAGUGUUGAAGCGAUUGCCGAAGACGAAGAACUUUCUCCUUCAGCUGAUGGAUCAGUUCAGGAUAAAAUUGAAAAAAGUCCUGCUGGGCAUUGUUUCAAAUGGAGAAUUGACCUGUCGACGACCGAAAAGUAUUGGCAUGGAUGGUUCGAGAACUUGUCGGAUAUAUUUUUGGAUUGUCCUAUUCCAAAGUUAUUGAUUCUCGCUGGCAUCGAUCGACUGGAUAAAAAGAUGACAGUGGGUCAAAUGCAAGGAAAAUUCCAAAUGCAGGUUCUACCGCACGUUGGACACGUGGUGCACGAAGAUAAGCCAGAAAACGUGGCUGAAAUUAUUGCUACUUUUUUAACUCGUUUUAGAAUGGCGGAAGCUCUCGCAAAAUUUAAUAAACCGUUCCCGUCGUGUUGAAGAAUGAAAAGCCACAACGUCUGUUUUCUUUUAAUCUGGCGGCUUUCGUCAUUCCCCAUAUCAGAGCAAAGUCGGUUGGCGUCAUAUAUUUGUGAUUUGCGAUGUAAUA